CCUGGAUUCCACUUGCCUUUUCACUACAAGCAAAAUGGCGUGCGGAAGCAGUCACUUAGUUAUAGGUUGCCUCGUGCUUAUUUUCUUUGCGACACAACAAGUUUCUUCAGAGACAUGCGCUCCAAUCGACAAGGACAUCAAUAUUCUGAAAGAUCAAAACUUUUGGACAUUUGAGGUGCCUCAUGUAGAGAAAGGAUGCAUACCUUUCAAACCACCAAUUUCUGGGGGAAAUGUCACCUCCACCUGUGUUUUCUAUUUUUCCCUUUGCCAUCCAGUUCCUAGUCUCUGCACUGAAAAUUGUGGAAUUUGUUUGACCAACAAGGUCUCUUUCUGGGGGCAUGACUACGAUAACAAGGCCCUUUAUACUAUGCCAAAAAAAACUGGUGGCUUUGACCCAAACAAAAAAGUUAACUUUGAUUCAGGUAAGUUUGAAUUUUAUUAUUUUUAUUCAACUCCCUUUAUUGAACGGGAUUACUUCACCCUAAUUUAUGAACCAGGAGAGCUAACCAAUGCCUCAACACUUUCCUCCUUCCAAACUGAAAUCACAUUCCAUUGUAACAAAAGUGCCGUAUGGAAAAGAUCUGAUGGUGAAAGUGGCAAUAACAGUGUCACAUAUCCUCCCAAAGUUACUGUCUCAAGUACACAGAUUGGGGUAGUCAUGGUUAAGGUAGAGUUUGAGUAUAGUGGGGCUUGUUCAAAAGGAGGUGGAGGAGGAGGAAAAGAUGACGAACCUUCAAAACCUCUGAGUGUUGGAUCAAUAAUGCUUAUUUUAUUCUUUCCUGGAGUAUUUUUGUAUUGUGUGGUGGGAGUGCUGGUAAAUAAAGGAGCAGGGAAAACAGGAAAGGAAAUGAUCCCGAACUCCAAAUUUUGGUCAGAUCUACCAGGAUUAAUAGCAGAUGGGUUUUCCUUUGUUGUUGCUAAGAUCACUUGUUCUCAGAUGACCUCCUCACGACAGAGUUACAAUUCCAUGUAAUCCAGCCUAAUAUUUUAGGUCUUGACGCGUAUACAGUCUCUAUUUUUCCAGUAGGUUUUUUUCAUGACAUGCGGCUAGAUAGAACUUAGUAACUCCAGUAGUAAUUCAGUAAAAAGAAGCGGCUUAACUGAUAGUUGAGAUAAAGGCAAAAGAUAAUUAGUUAAUAUAACCCCUUACACCUUAACAAUAAUAUGAAUUAUCUCCACACUGUUGUCCAAAUAAUUCCUAAAGUGCAGAUAAGGAGAAUUUGUUUAGCAAUCAAGAGCUUCUUUAGUUGGUGAGCAUUUCCUUUGUUUUCGUGUCCUGAAUGAGUGAUUCGGGGAUGAUAUUGUAAGGAGAAAUUAGAUGCUAAUCACACUCAGGGGAUAAGUGUGGCGGGUCCCCUCACUUAAUAGACAUAAUUUUACAGUCUGUAAACUAUUCUGACAAAGUGUGAAUGUUGAAGACGACUGAAGAAGCGGAACGCGAGGAGUAGCGGUGGUGGCCAGGAAGGGGGGGGGGGCAUGACGUAUCUCAUGGUAUUUUUUAUCGCCUUGCGCCUGAUUGUGUUUGAAACUCGACACCAAUAAAACAAACUUAUGCGCUUAGAUUCAUGGGAUACCUGAAUGAUCUUAAGGUGGUCUUUAGCUCAAUGUGGGAGUACCUGGUGUAGCUGACGGUUCUCCGUAAGAUUUGAACAGUUGAAGUGCGUCUGAAGGUUAACACCCGAGAGAAACGAGAGAAACGAUAUAAUGAAAACAUUCAGAGAAAAAAAACAGUGAAAGUGUUUCUAAAGAUACGGAGUGUUUAGAAAAACCGUAAGUCUGAUAAAUUACAACAAAAUUUAGCUGUUGUUUUACAAAACAGCGUUUAAGCCAUCUUCAAUUGAGCAGAAAUUUUUAUCUAGACAUUUAUUUUUGUGAACAGUGUCAAGAGGGCCCAAAGCUCAUAGUGAAAAGACAGUUAUUUAAUUAAAUAAACUCUCUCGCAGAGAA